AUGAAGCACCUAGAAGUGAAUGGAAAGUGGCCGCGCGGUGACGGUGAAGGCUCCGGUUUCCAGUUACAGCGCUGCCCAGCCCUCGCCGCCGCGCUGAGAGGAGAAAGGCGGCAGCAGGUUGCUCUCCGGUUUCCCCGCCGGCUCGCACCCGCGUAUGUCGCGCAGCCGUGGAGCUCGCUGGGAACAAACUCGCUGAGAAAGUUUCCUCCCCUCGGUGCUGCGGGCCGACCAGAGGCCGCCGCUGUGCCCCGACGGCAGCGCUGCGGGCUCCGUGCCGGCGGAGAGCGGCCCCGGGCUGCGAGCGGGACGGUGCGGGGCAGCCUUCGGGGCAGGCCGGUAGAUGUCACUGUGAAGAGAGGGAACGAAGCAGGGUUGUGGGGAGGAAGAAACCAGGUCAUACCCAGCGCCGGACAGGGAGGUUUUAUGCUCCUGAAAAAGUGGAAAAUUAUUGGAGGCAGUAGGAGCACAAGGAGCACAGUUUUAAAAGAUUCACAGAACUCUUCGAAAUGGAAGGCAACUGGAAAUAACCUGUGCAAUUCCACGCUCAGGGGAGGGCCAAUGUUGAUCAGGUUGCUCGUGUUCUGUUUCAUUAUGGAUGGAAAUUUCACAUCCUCUUUGAGAGACCCUCCAUCCUGUGGUUCUACUGUGGAUUCUUUGUUAUGUCUGACUUGCAUUUUCAUCCAAGAGUGGAGUACUGCUGGGAAUGCUGUGCAGAAUUUAAGGAGAAGCAUAUGAAAAGCAGGCAGCAUGUUGUGGCCACUGGUCAGUUGUCCUGAGGACCUACUUCGUGAUGCCUGAGCAUCCAUAUAUUGUAUCCUUUAUUUGCAUAUGGUUCUGCAUUUGGUUGUAAACUAUUAGAGUCAUGUGUUGCAAUUUGUGUGAUGUGAUUAUGCUGGUAAUCCAGACUCAUGUUUCUUACUAACUCUUCUGCAAGAUAGAAUAGCAUUACCAAUAGAGUCAGAGGGGGCAUUACCUCAUUUUGUUGAUGCUGCAUUCAGAUUGUUUAGGGCGAAGGUGACCUACCUGCAAAUAUCAAGUAGAUACAGCUUCACAGGUACAUUAAACACAAAGGUAGAGUAUGUGGCAAUAUCAGUGUGCACUGUUGUAUGCAUAUCCUUUUCCUAUACUUCUGCAAAGUGUUCACUGUUUGCUUAAUGAA